AUUUUCUAGCGAGCAACCAUGGUUUGGAAAAGAAAACUAGAUAGAAGCAAGAAAUUUUGCCUGUAUGUAUUGAAAUAAAGAAAGAAGGUGAAUUCAGAUCUGAACGAAGAAGUUACCAAUCGAACGAACGAGAUGUCGAAGGAAAGUAGUAGUGGCAGUAACGUUCCAGUGUUGAAAUGGAUGAAUCAAAUGGUUUCAGAACCUCACUACCUUUUUCAUUUCUUAACAUUUUUCUCCUAUUUAGUUAUUCGAUGCUCCGCUAUACAAGUCUUAGAGCCUCACCUAAUCCUAAAUCUCCUUCGUCGCGAAAUACUAACGGUGUUAGUUUUCGCCAUUUUGGCUUUCAUCAAGGGUGUGAGAGAAGAUACAUGGGAAGCCUUCAUAGCUGAUGCACUUUUCCUUGCCAAGAUUUGUCUUUUUGCCCUUACCUUUACAAUGGAUCGCCGCAUAGCCGUUUGGUAUAUUCUUGUAUUUUUAGUGAUACAUGUGCUGACACAGCAACCUCCAUCCGAAGGACUAGGUACUUGUAGCAAGCUAACACCAUUGCUGUUGGAAAGCCUGCUAACAGAGGGCAACACUACAAGAUUUUGGCUGGUUGAAUUCAGUGCUUCUUAUUCUUCUGCUUGCAUUCGCUCAAGUCAACAGUUUCCUGAGCUCUCAAUUACAUAUUCAAGCAAAAUUUUAUCAUUUGGAAUAGUUGAUCUUGGACUCUUUCCCAAUGCAGCUGAAAAAUUUGGAAUAUCUCUUAGUGGAAGCAUGGGUCAGCUUCCAACAUUUAUCUUAUUUGACAAUGCUGCUGAAGUUGCGCGCUUUCCAGAGUUGGGUUCCGAAACAACGUUUUUCAACCCUACGAUUACAAAGGGACUUCUUUCUCGACAUUUUGAGCUUGAUCGGCACCUUCUUGAAUAUAUCAAUGGUAAAUAGGAUAUAAUGGUGCACAUUGUUGCCUGAAAUUCAGUCUCUGGACUCUAUUUAUUACUAGUAUUACUAGUAGUGGCAUCUGGCACCGAUUUGGAGAGAAACAAACAAUGCCAUUUAAUUUUCUUUUAACAAUCUGUAAUAGGGUAACAUCUAAUUUUAUUAGAAUAUACAUACAUUUUGAAAAAGAAAUAACUUUGACAAAUGAAAGAAAAAAGUGUAAGAGGGAGGGCGUGGUAACAGUCGAAAACAUUAUUUUAUGGUGGUAUGGUGCUGGAUCUAGAAGUACAUAUGUUUGGAGAAAAGUCAGUACCAUAGCUACUGGUACUGUCCAUAUUGUUCACCUGGAUGGUGGUGCUAUCCUCAUUUCCAUCCAUCAAAAAUGGAAUUGCUGCCUUAAUUAUGCAAUGAGUGCUAACAAAAUAUCUUUUAAUACA